AAGGGCGAGUCUGGGUUCUACACUGCAGAGAAAGCGGAUCUUUUGCACGUAUAAUCUGUGAAAAGUAAACAGAAGAGAAUAGAUGCGCGUACACUGCCAUAAUGGAGCGUGGUGGUGACUGAAACAAGUCCAGUUUAUGGAGUAAAGUAGGCAUACACAACUCACCUUUACAGCCUCACAGGUGUGAGGGCACUUGUUCCCAUCCAUACUAUCAACACUACUCUUCCACUUAAGGCUCCAAAAUCCCAGUUUUUCUUUUAAUUGCUUCAACAAUGGCGGGGAAAGAACGCAGUCCUCGUCACCGGCCCUGGUCUGUGUACCAUGCAAACACAUUUGAUUUUGCUUCAGAAAUGAUAGGACUCACAUUGACAGGAAACAGUCAAGAUCCUGACGAGCCGGUGUUGGAGUUCAGUCUGGCUUGUAGUGAGUUACUGACUCCAACACUGGAGCGUAAACCUAGUAGCUUUGUGGCAGUGAGCUGCACUACACCUCCUCAAGCGUUCUGGACGAAGCAUGCUCAGACUGAGAUCAUAGAGGGUACAAGCAACCCAAUCUUCCUCAGUAGCAUUGCUUUUUUUCAAGACUCCCUGAUUACCCAGCAGACUCAAAUGAAACUUUCUGUCUACGAUGUCAAAGACCGUUCGCAGGGCACGAUGUACCUUCUUGGUUCUGCCAUGUUCACAGUGAAAGAGCUACUUCAGGACAAAUAUCAUAGACUACACCUCACAUUGAGAUCAGCAGAAAAUGAGAAGAUGGGCAACAUCACUAUUAUCGCCUGGCAGAUGGAGGAGAAGAAAGACCAGAGAGCCUCACUGGCUCGCUCAGACACAAUUAAUGGCAGGAUGGUUUUGCCUGUUGAUGAGAGUCUGACUGAAUCCAUGGGAAUGAAAUCAAAAUCUGCUUCACUGUGCAAAGACACACUCCUGAGAGCAGUAUUUGGAGGUACAAUAUCACGGAUGUACCGCUUGCCCACCACGGAUGGGAACCAUCUGCGUGUCCUGGAACAGAUGGCAGAGAGCGUGCUGUCGCUUCACAUACCCAGACAGUUUGUAAAACUCCUACUGGAGGAAGAUGCAGCCAGGGUGUGUGAGCUGGAGGAGUUGGGGGAGUUGUCUCCAUGUUGGGAGAAUCUAAGGAGGCAGAUCAUCACUCAAUAUCAGACCAUCAUCCUCACCUAUCAGGAAACACUUAGUGACCUUCAUGAGUACAAGGGUCCCUCUUUUAAAUCCAGCAUUCUGAAAGCAGAUAAGAGGUUGGAGUUUGUGCCGACUAAUCUCCACAUUCAAAGGAUGAGGGUACAGGGCGAGUCAGGAUAUGAACGAACCUAUGAUGUGGUCACAACUGGAGCCCCUGCAGCACAUCAUCAAGGUUUUAAGGGCAGUGGAUUGAGGAAACUAAUUCAGAAGUUUGAGGAGUCCAAGAAACAUGCAUAUGAGGAUGAAGGUACUGGAGAGUCCCAUCUGCAUUCAGGAGUGUACCAGCCACAGGAUGUGAUAAGAGCAAAAGAGAUCAUUUCCCACAUUAACACCCUGAAGACGCAAGUUAGCUACUACACAGAGCGCUUGUCCCGGGCUGCCAAAGAGCGGUCCGCUAACGCACUGGAGAGAACCCUCGGCAUCCUCACAGAGAAGACAAGGCAACUGGUGACAGUGUGUGACAACAGGCUGCUAGCCACAGCCAUCCAGGCUCUGAGUGCAGCACGACCAGAGUUCAUUGCCUCUAAAACCUCUCCCUCUGGGCCGGACACUGAACGUGUGGUUUUGCGUAAUGACCAAAGCUCUGUACAAGCCAAGUGGAGUGGUAAAGGGAACAGAGCGUCCAUGAAUGUGGACUGGCAUGAGGAGGAGUGGGAAAAGGUGUGGUUGAAUGUGGACAAAAGUAUGGACUGUGUAAUCCACUGUGUGAACAGGCUGUUAAUGAGGGAUCGGCUACAGAGCGACAGUAGUGAGGACGUCUUCCUCUCUGACCAGCAGCCCAACACUAGCAAGAGAGGUAGCCAUGGCAAUGCCUUCUGGAUCAACCCCAGUAACCCAUCCUCAUCAUCCUCGUUGUACACCACCUUGUCUUCAUCACGUCUUCUUCCUGAUUCCCAUUCAUCAUUAUCAUCCUCUUCAUCAUCUAUGACUCCUGCAUGUGUAACCAGUUCUCACAGAUCGACCUAUGGCAGCCUUAAUGUCGAUGGCUGCUCUCCAGGUGAAUGGAGUGAUGCCCUGUAUCCUCUAUUGACUACACUGAAUGAGUGUGUAGCCAUGAUGAGUGACAUGGCAAAGAAGUCUAUGGUGUUUGUGCUGAUGCAGGACUGCGCUCCCACCAUCGCUAUGAGCCUGGCGUUACAGUACCGCAGAGAUGUGGUCUUCUGUCAGACUCUAGCAGCUGUGAUCUGUGGUUUCGUAGCAAAGCUGAGGAAUUGUUUGUGUGAUCAAGGCUUCCUUAGACAACUCCAUACCAUCGGCUUACUGGUCCAGUUCGAGGGUCUACUUAGCACUUAUGGGGAGGAGCUGGCCAUGCUUGAGGACAUGAGCAUAGGUGUAUUGGACCUUAGGAACGUCACCUUUAAGGUCACUCAGGCAACCUCCAGCUUCGGCCCUGACAUGCUACCUGUUAUCACGGGGAACCGAGAUGGGUUUAAUGUGAGAGUACCACUGCCUGGGGCUAUGUUUGACGUUUUGCCUCGGGAAAUCCAAAAUGGGAUGUUGCUACGUGUUCAGCCAGUCCUGUUCAACAUAGGAAUUAACGAGCAACAGACACUCGCAGAGAAGUUUGGUGACACCUCACUACAGGAAAUAGUCAAUACAGAGAGUCUGACACGACUCAACUCCUACUAUGAUCAGUUCAAGGAAGUGCUUCCUGAAGACUGUCUGCCUCGUUCCCACAGUCAGUACUGUAUCCCAGAGCUACUAAAAUUCCUGGCUCAGAACAUGAGCUCCAGGAAGAAUAAGAAUGUGGACAUCCUUUGGCAGGCAGCAGAGGUGUGCCGGCGUCUCAAUGGUGUGCGGGCAACCUGUUGUAAGAGUGCAAAGGACCGCACAGCCAUGUCUGUAACUCUGGAGCAGUGUCUGAUCCUGCAGAUGGAGCAUUGCAUGGCCCCACAGGUCUUAAGCCAGGCCCUGGACUGCAUGCGCAGUGAGGGCUGCAGGAGAGAGAACACCAUGAAGAAUGUGGGCAGCAGAAAGUAUGCCUUCAAUUCCCUUCAGCUGAAGGCCUUCCCCAAACAGUAUAGACCUCCAGAAGGCACUUAUGGAAAGGUGGAGACUUGAUUGGGACACUCACCUAUGUCCCCAACUCCUACUAUUCUUAACCAGGCUGCUCUCCCCAUCAUCCUCUUUAUUUUUUUUUGCCACUGAUACAUGUAGUUCACAAGAUUGCAUAAGACACUUCUCUUGUCUGAUUCUGAGUAUUAUAUCAAAGUUGAUCAUCAGGAAUAUUUGAUCAGGAAUCCUGUGAAUGGAAGAAAAGGACUCCAUUCAAGCAACAAACACUCAGCAACUACUACAAAAAUAACCCAUGCAGUUCUCACCAUUCUUACAUUUUGUGUUUAGUCUGAACAGAAUCUCAGUUUCACAUCCCAAAUUAACCACUGACACGGUCUUUGACAUAAAUAAAUAAAUAAAUAAAUAAAAUCACAAAAUGAAAUCAAUUGUUUUUACUAUUUCUCACCAGAUCUUUAACAGAUUGUUCUUUAACAAAUCUUGGAGGUGUCUACAUGUUGAUAGACUGAAUUUACAAUAUUAUUUAUGCACAUCUGCUUAUGUACUCCACCAGAUGCAAUAGGAUAAAUAAAUGAGCAUUGUUCAUUUUUCUAUUCAUUAAAUGUGCACAUUAUGCUGUAACUGACAUUUAGCAUUAGUAAUUGAUAGGUGUGAGUCUUAUGAAGUUUUAUUUUAUCACAAGGCUGUACAUAUAAUGCUUUAAAUCAGCCCUUUACCUUAUAAAGAGCAACAGUGUGUAUUUUACGGGUUGUAGAUUUCCAAGGAAAGGGCCUUUCUCAUGCUGUUGCUAAGCACAGGUAAUGUUUGUACAGUUAAUACAGUGAAAUGUUGUGAAUAGAUAUUAACAUAAUUUUAGCUAAGUUGUGUAAGAUAAUUAAGACACUAUUCAGUCGUUCGUUGUUAAUUGUUUGUACAUGUGUUAUGUAAAUCUCUUUGGGGUUCUGCUGAUAUGUCAUUAUUGUUAUUCCCGUUUAAAGUGCAUCUGAUUAGAAUCAUACUAAUUUAUUCUCAUGACUUACUUAUAAAUUAUUCUGUUAUUUUCUUUACAGGAUAAAUUAAUUUUCCAUAUCAAAAAAGAAUCUCUAUAGACACUUUAAUGUACUUCUUAAACCCUUUGUUAUGCUUAUAGCAUGGAAAACUCAGUUUAGAGUUUAACACAAAAAACUCAAUAUGAUGAACAUACGUAACUUUAACUAUGUAAAGACAUUAUGUAAAUUAUUGUUUGUUUUUUAUUUGAUGGCUAUGCUUAGCAGUGUAUAAAUACUCAUGUAACCUUUGUCAUUCAGUUCUCCAUUUAUGCCCACACAAAUACUGGAUUAGCAGUAAAUAAUGCAGAACUCUUCGUCUAAACAUGUAGCUAUUAAAACAAAUUAUACACGU